AUGGAGAUCUCUCCUUUCCACCGGUUCGAGGGAAGCAGGGGGCUUCCGAUUGGUUCGCUGCCGGACCAGCUGUAUGAGAAACAGCAGCUCGAGCACGCGCGGCAGUCGCAGGUCGAGUAUUCGACGCACGUGAUCGAAGUCGAUUCUUCCCAGAGGGAUCGCGUCAGGUUCUCAAGCAGCAAUGACUUCAGGAUCUACUUUCGGAAUCCGCUGACCAACAUCGUUCGAGUGGACCUGGCUUUUGCCCAGGUUCCAAACGUAUCUUUCAACGUGGACAGCACAAACAGUCUGUUUGCUCUCGAGGAGAUUGUUGGGAACAGCGCCCCCCGUGUCAUCCGUUUCAGCCUUCGGGAGGGCCACUAUGACAUAACGGACCUGAGCGAGGAGCUUACGCGCCUCCUGAACCUUCACAGCUCCUCCACAGCCAGUCCCUAUGUCGUAGAUAGCCUCAGCAGGCAGAACAAGGUUUCGUUCAAAGCCUCCCACGACGUGACCCGUUUCAGGAUACUGUUUGGAGAGAGCACGUGCAGCAGCAUGCUCGGGUUCGACGCACAAGAUACGCCCUACAACGACACAAUGGUCUCGGACGACCCUGUGUACUCGGGGGCCUUGGUCUCGAGUGGGUACGUAGAUACGACCGGGGAUCACCACGUGCUGCUGUCGAGCCCGGAGCUGGACACAAGCAUGCAUGAGGUGUCCUACUCUCCGAGCGGUGAGGGCCUUGUCUCGGCCGCUCCCCCAAACUGCUUUGGGCGGAUUGCACUCGUGGGCGAUGCAGGGUCCUUGGUCACUUACAGCGGCGGCGUCUCUGGUUAUCUCAUCUUCAAGGAGUUCAGGCCCCCAAUCGCGCGCCUCGACAGCCUCCACCUCCGGUGGUUGAGGCAGGACGGGUCACCGGCAGACUUUCAGAACCUGGACAACACCAUCAAGCUGCACUUCAGGCAGCACCCGGCUUGCGCACAGCUGAAGAAGCUCCGGAUGCUGGUCAAGAGUGCAUCGCGAAAGUCACCGGGCCUCAUGUUCAACCGCUUCCGAGAAGCUCUGCUGGCAGAGGGUGUGAUGGACGCAAUCAACGACCAUGACAUGGCAUUCUUUGCAGAGCAUGAUGCACAGUUAUCACCGGUCCCCGGUCUCUUUUUGCAGGGAAGACUCCUGUCUCCAGGAGAGGUUGAGAGGCUGUGGGCAGCUGUUCAAGCCCUGGUCGAGUCCACUUCGGCUGAUGAUGUCCUGGUGGCCGGAGGCGUGGCAGAUGAGAGCGGCUGGUCGGAGCUGGUAAGCGAGAUUAUCUCGCAACACGUCUUGCUGCCGGCCUGCUUGCGGGAGAAGGUCAGUGGCAUCCUGGCUCUCCUUGUGCAGUUUCUGGAGGGCCAGACGCAAGACGAGCUCAGCGCCGACCUCGACGGCCUCCUCGAUGGCGUUGACCUGAGCGCGGUGCUACCUCGUUUUUCGGGGCUUCGCCCCGAAAAUGAUCCGGAACACAGGGACAGAUCGAUCGACGGGAGUCUGCUCAAGGACCUCCUGCCGCAUCUCAGGAGCCUCCGGUCGGCGACCGAACGAGAAGCCCUUGAGACGGCUCGUGGGUUUCUGAGGUCCGAAUCGAUGAAAGGGGUGGUCAGAGUGUUCAGGAGGGCCUUCCGGUGCGUCGAUUCAGGGAUGCUCGUCCGUCUGCUCUCCGAUGCGGUUGAAAGCCUGGACGUUAGCAGCAUACCGGCGCUGAUAGCGUCCGUAAAUGCCCUACAAGAGGACCCGAGGAUGCUGAGAGGGGUCUCCAUGCUCACUAGGACGGCCAACGUGCCAGCACUGCAGGCUCUCGUGCAAGAUGCAGCUCAGCUCGUGGACCCAAGCGUGAUGCAGAGGGUCGUAGGGGGCACCGGCGCAGGUGGGGGCAAUGUGCUUUCGAGUCUCUUGAGCACCAGUGUUACGCCUGACCUUGUGAGCCGGUUGCCGUCCAUGAUCAACCGGGACGGGAGCAUCGACAUGACCGCUGUGCCUGGGCUGAUUCGAGGGCAGCGUAGAAGGCCACGGAAGCCUAGGCUGACAGCGUCCCGGCUGGCAAGUUGA